AAAAAAACAAAAACAUUGUCUCUGACAUUUUCGGCCGUGUUGGUGUUGUUAUUUAUUUUUUACAAACAAUUUUAUUGCAGUUCCCUGUUGGGAAAUAAUUCAUCGCCGUAAUUCAGAACAAUCAAUCAUGGGUGUAGAAGUAGAAACUAUUACACCUGGCGAUGGUACUACAUUCCCAAAGCCGGGCCAAACUGUGGUAGUUCACUACACUGGCACGCUACAAAAUGGCACAAAGUUCGAUUCUUCGAGGGAUAGGGGACAGCCUUUCAAGUUCACUCUGGGAAAGGGUGACGUGAUUCAAGGAUGGGACCAGGGUAUCUGCAGGAUGUCUGUCGGCGAGCGAGCCAAGUUGAUCUGCUCUCCUGACUUUGCAUACGGAUCCAGAGGUCAUCCCGGAAUUAUCCCACCAAAUGCAACUCUUAUUUUCGAUGUUGAGCUAAUACGUGUUGAAUAGUAACAACAAACAGCUUUACGAUAAUUGUUUUUUAUUGUUGACAAGAAUAAUCUCAUUAAAUGUUUAUAAUAAUCGUGUAACAGUAUUGGGUUUGUGACUUACUCGUGAUCUAUGUACAAAAACUCUGCUUUUAAGGAUUUUAAAUGUAGUUUGCUAGAGUAUAUUAAGUAUAUGCAUUUUGGUGACGGAAUGGAAGCUUAGGUAGCUGCGGAAAGUUUAGAAAGCAAGGAUAAAGGUAUACUUCGAGUUUAGCUUGACAAAAUGGGAACCAAAUUAAUUGUACAUCUAAGACAGACUACUGAAUGUAGAAGGCUGAAGGAUAAGAAGACUUAAACCAGAAGAUAUUGCUAGAAUUCAAAAGUAAUUAAGUAAUUGGAGUUUGAAAACAUUUUUAAAUCACAAUGGCCUAGAGAUAUUUUUGUGGGUUCAGUAUGGUCAUGCUUUUUGUCAUAAUAAUAGCUUGUAGAUUGUUUUACUAAAGAGUAUGCACUCGCACAAUAAUUGAUUACCACCGAAACUCUUUGUAUGCUGAUGCUUUUUAAUGAUUUGGUACUGGCAGUGAUCUAUGUAUUUAUUUUUCACAUGUUCAUAAUAGCACAAAUUCCACAUGCAUUUCUUACAUUAUUUUAUACAUAAUUUGUACCAAUGUCAGACAAUUUAUAGGCCUUAUUUCUAGCUUAUUAAAAGGCCUUACUAAUUGGUACUUUUCUUAUUUAGAUAUUAUAUGCUGUCAUAAAAAAUCAAGUUCCUAGUGCUAGAAAGCUAGAAAUCAUGUAUGGUAGUCCUUUCUCCAUUGAAUUGUCAUUAAUAUUGCCUUGUCCUUUGCUGAAAUUGUUAUUAUCAUGUUAAUUUAUUAUAUUGUAUUGUAAUAAAAGAUUUUAUUUAACAAAA